ACAGGUCAUCAAUGGCAUCGACGAUGCUGCGACGCCUUUUUAGCCGGUAUUCCUCUCCACCACUUGCUCGCAGUCCACCGAGUAUGCUGCAGCGGCCCCUCGAAUGCGAGUCGCGAGUCUCGCUGUCAUCCGCGCCGUGUGUUGCCGUGAAUAAGCGGGCCAUGUCUUCCACUGCAGUUGAAGGAGUUGCGCCAUCUGGGGCUCUUGAUGAGCCUAUUGUGUCGCGCGAGAUGCGGGAGGUAGUGUCCCGCAAGAACAGGAUCCGCAUGUCCCCAUGGAAGAUCAACCUCCUUACCCGGCAAGUGCGCGGACUGCCCGUCGUGGAGGCCCUCAUGCAGCUCAAGUUUUCCCGGAAGCAGAAAGGGCCUCCUUUGGUGGCGAAGGUCAUCCAGAACGCGGCCAAUCUGGCCAAUAUCCGGCACAACCUGCACCCCGAGGACCUGAUGGUGGCCGAGGCCUUCGUGAACCGCGCCAACAUCCAGAAGGGGAUCAUGUUCAUGGGGAAGGGCAGAUUCGGUCUCAAGCUCCGGAGGUACAGCCACGUGGUGGUCCGCCUGAAGGAGAUAGAUUUCGAGGGCUCCCUGGCUGCGUGCAAGAACCGAUUCCAGAGGGCCCGGUGGGAGACCAGGAGGGCGCUGGCGGACAAAGUGAGGGAGGCGCGGGAGGGGGACGGGGCGAGGGCUGGGUCGGGGCUGGCAUAGAACACGUUAAAAGAAA